AUGCAACUUAAUUCUUUAACGUUACUUUUUACAAUUCUUUUUAUUUUAGUUUGUACUCUUCCACCAGAAUAUUGUGAAUUUGGACCCACCACAGAUAAAUGUAAAGAAUGGUUGAAUGAAAAUCACCAAGAUCUAUUUGAGAAAUUAUAUUCACAAGGCAAUCUUGAACAAAAGUUAGCUGGCACAUCAUUAGAAGGUAAAAAAACAAUCAGUGAAGCAGAUGAAAAAAAAAAAGCAAAAGCAGCAAAACUAGAACGUGAACUUAAGAAAAAGAUGGCAUCUAAAAUAAUAAUCACACGUAUUGCAAGAAAUAAACGAAAAAGUGUCACAAAUGUUUAUGGCUUACAUCAUUUUGCAGCAAAACUGUUUGCAAAUAAAUUUGCGUGUGGAUCAUCUGUUGUGAAAAAUAAUCAAGGAAAUGAAGAAAUUGUUGUUCAAGGAGAUGUUUCUGAUGAUUUGUAUAGAUUCAUUUUGGAUACAUGGCCGAAUGUUCCAGAGAAAAAUAUUGAAUUGACUGAAGAAAAACCAAAAAAAUAA